AUGCUUGUGUCCACAACCAUCGCUAAAUCGUACAUCUGUGAAGAGGUACUUGGCGUGGGAGCCUUUGGGAAAGUAUACAAGGUCUCGAAAACCGAUUCUGGUGAGAUCUUUGCUUUGAAGGAAAUUGAUGAAAGCCUUUGCCUCGCUAGUAGCAUGUCCCUCACGGGAGAGUUAGAUAUCUAUCCACAGCUUCAGUCACGAUAUAUUGUUAAUUGUACGCGUGUGCUGCGCGAUCCAGAGAUUGAACAUGUGUAUCUCGAGAUGGAGUACUGCAAUGGGGGAACGCUCGAGGAAUUCAUCAUGCAGCAUCGCCGCCGACAAGAGCCUAUACCUGAGCUGCAGAUAUGGGAGAUACUGGCUCAAAUUGCCGCUGGUCUUGCCUAUCUUCACUCCCAGAUCAAGACAGGCUCUUUAUCGGUUGUUGUGCACAGAGACAUAAAGCCGGCAAACAUUUUAUUCCUGGAUGACGACGUUAAGAUUGCUGAUUUUGGUUUUUGUCGCCCCCUGGAGCUUGUUUCUAUUACCGGAUCUGCGAGUGUGCAGAAGGUGCUCGGGACCCCUGCUUAUCUGGCACCAGAGAUACUCAAUGGACAAUCCUGCACGCAGAAGGUCGAUAUUUGGUCUUUGGGCUGCAUUAUACUAGAAUUAUGCACUCUUGAAAUUCCCACCUCUAUAGCCGACACUCCUAUUGAGCCUUACUUGCAGCAGCUUUCAGGCUACAGUAAUACUAUAAAACUCGUCAUCAGGCGGUGUCUAGAACGAAUACCGUAUGCACGAAUAAGCAGCGCAGAUCUCCUCCUUGUUCCUGACAUUCAAGAAGUCCUUCGAAGAAUGGAGUUUCAAAGGUAUCAAACCAUGCAUAAUGCACUUGUGUGGUCUCCUAGCCCUAUUCGGGCCUCCUCGCCGUCUGGGCUAAGGCUCGGAGCACAGUCACCAGUAUCCCCUAGACCCAGUGGCUUCGGACUCCAGACGGCUCUUAUGGACGCUGCGUUGUCUGGGGAUGUAGAUAGCGUAAGAAAUAAUUUGCACGAAGUCCGGAUGCGUUCCCAUAACGGACGUACUGCUCUUAUGCUAGCAGCUAUGGCUGGACACUCUGAUUGCAUAGAUAUUCUUCUUGAGCAUGAGGGACAGAUGUAUGACAAUAACAAGAUGACAGCUUUGAUGCACGCGGCCAGAAAGAAUACGAUUGCUGAGGCGUCGUCUCUCAUACUGAAGGAAAGUAAGUUGCAAGACAACAAGGGCAUGACCGCACUUAUGCAUGCUGCUUCCGCCGGCAGCAGAGAAUCUGUGGAGCGCCUUCUUGCCGUAGAAGAAGGAAUUAGGGACAAAGAUGGAAUGACGGCUUUGAUGCACGCAGCAAGAAAUAACCAUCACAUAUGUGCAAAGCUUCUCGCUCCUUAUGAAGAACGGUGUCACGAUCUCACGAGCAAGACAGCGCUUAUGUAUGCGGCCAUAAAUGGCAGCAAAGAAUGCGUAUCGUUUUUACUUGAGAGGGAAUCUGGACUAAUAGACAAAUAUGGCGAGACAGCCCUUAUGUGGGCCGUGCGCCUUAAUCAGGUUGAAAUGAUUCACUUACUCAUUGGGAAGGAAGCGCGACUGUCUAACGUUGAGGGCAUCACAGCCCUUGUACUAGCUGUGAAACUUAACCAUGUGGAAUGCUUGGAUGUUCUGAAAGUAGAAGCCGGCAUCCAAACGCAUAGUGGCGAAACUGCAUUACUAAUUGCUAUAGUUUCAGAUAACAUCUCAUGCAUUCAAAGACUAGCACUUAUGCCCCAGGAAAUCAGCGCUCGAAUUGGGCCAGGCCUCACAACUUUGAUGUGGUGCAUUCUUAAUGGAAAGAGUAACUACAUUAAAUGGCUACUCCCAGAGUCUUUAAGGAGCGUUGAUUCUCAAGGGCGAACUGCUCUGAUGCAUGCCUCUAGGAUUGGGGAUGUAAGUGCAGCCACGGUUCUCGCAGAACAUGAACAUGGCAUGCAGGACGGAGAAGGAAAUACAGCACUUAUGUAUGCGGCAGAGCAUGGCCACGAUGCAAUAGUGUCUCUUCUGGUCAAUAAGGAGUCUCGUAUACUCAACAGCCAGCACAGAACAGCUCUAAUGCUCGCCACAGACCGCGAGCAACGGAAGUGUUGUGAGCUCCUGGCAAAGUAUGAACAGGGCCAUGUCGAUAGUGACGGUAGAACAGCUCUCAUUCGCGCCGUAUUCACAGGGGAUGUUGAACUGGUACAGCUCUGUGUCGGAGAGGCUACAUAUAUACAGGCCAACGGGAAGACGGCACUGAUCAUCGCAAUGGAGCGCGGACUUAGUAAAAUUGUCGAACUCUUGGGUCCGUAUGAAGCUUCCUGUAGGGACAAUGAGGGCGACACCGCGCUCAUCUGGGCAGUGAAGAACGGGAAAAUUAAAUAUCAGCCAUAUCUGGCGUCAGCAGAGGGUCUUCUAAAUAGAUACGGUAAAACGGCACUGAAGAUAGCACUAGACUUGAACAAAAAGGAUAUGUUUAAGGCCUUAUUAAAAGGGGAGGCAUCUAUAAAGAUGCCUGACGGUUACACCAUUUUAGACUAUGCUGUAAUAGAAAACAAGGUAAAGUAUAUACAAUGCAUAACUAAUCAUAUUCUUAUGGAACGUACUUCGGUUCCUUUAAAGCCCCGCGUUGCAGCAACUGUAUCUACAAAGAAGAGUCCCUUAUAUUUGGCAGCGGAGAGUAAUAACUUGGACGACAUAAAGGCUAACUUAAAUCUCAUUGGCACGGUAUACAACGGGUUGUCAUCUCUCAAGAUAGCCGCCUAUUAUGGUCAUGAGGAGGCAGUCAAACUGCUUCUCGGUGAACUUGGUCUGCAAGUGGGCGAGGGUUUCACCGCCCUUAUGAUGGCUGCACAACAGGGACACUUGGGAUGUGUUGAGCUGCUUCUGGGAGAGGUUGGUCUGAAAACAAAGGGUGGGUGUACUGCACUAAUGACUGCGGCCCACGAGGGACACUUAGGCGUAGUGUCACUGCUACGUGACUUCGAAUGUGGCGCCACGGACAAUAACGGAAACACAGCCUUGCAUUAUGCGGCAAGGUGUGGGCACACCGAGGUGCUCAAGCAGCUGCGACAGGAGAUGUGCAUAGCCAACAACUUAGGAGAGACAGCUCUGAUGUAUGCUGCCGAAGAAGGGCACAUUAAGUGUGUGCAGUAUCUUCGCACAGAGGCUGGCAUGUCAGAUGUUGACAAAAGUACCGCUCUAUUACGGACUCUGCUUAACGGCUACAUGGGCUGCGCAACGAUUCUUUUAGCCUCAGAGCAGAAGAUCAGUAAUGUUACAUCUUUAAUGAUCGCAGCGGCCUCAGGUGAUGUAGAGACCGCAGAGCUCUAUAUUGGAGAGGCAUCUAAGCGGGACGCUCUGGGCCGAACUGCGCUGAUGUAUGCUGCGCGGCAAGGACAUGCCAGCUGUGUCAGCUUACUCAUGCGGUAUGAGCAAGGCAUCGUAGACUUUAGUGGGUACACUGCACUCGCCCACUCUGUUCAAGCAGAACAACUCAACUGUGUCAAGCUCCUCGUCAACGAAGCACACAUACCUACAGGGUUCGGGGAGACCGUCGAAGCCAUGGCCCGCUCACAGGGACACAUGCGGAUUGCACGCUUCCUUAGAAAGAAACCGCGGUAG